GACGCCGAAGGCGACGACUGCGCCGUCAGAGUGAACGUGGUGGAGGCGCUGCAGGAGUUCUGGCAGAUGAAGCAGGCGCGCGGCGCCGACCUGCGCAACGGCGCGCUCGUCAUCUACGAGUCGGUGCCCGCCUCCAGCCCGCCCUACGUCUGCUACGUCACGCUGCCCGGCGGCUCCUGCUUCGGAAGCUUCCAGAACUGCCCGACGAAAGCGGAGGCGCGGCGCAGCGCGGCCAAGAUCGCGCUCAUGAACUCCGUGUUCAACGAGCACCCGUCGCGCCGCAUCUCCGACGACUUCAUCGAGAAGGCGGUCGCGGAGGCGCGCGCCUCCUUCAAGGGUGACCCAGAGGAGGCGGACAACCCCAACACUGGCAUCGGCGCCUUCCGGUUCAUGCUGGAGACGAACAAGGGGCGCACAAUGCUGGAGUUCCAGGAGCUGAUGACAGUGUUCCAGCUGCUGCACUGGAACGGCUCGCUGAAGGCGAUGCGCGAGCGGCAGUGCUCGCGGCAGGAGGUGGUGGCGCACUACUCGAACCGCGCGCUGGACGACGACAUGCGUUCGCAGAUGGCGCUGGACUGGAUCGCGCGCGAGCAGGAGAACGCGGGCGCGCUGAGCCGCGAGCUGCGGCAGGCCGAGCGCGAGCUGGACGCGGCGCGCCUCGCCGGCCGCGAGCUGCGCUUCCCCAAGGAGAAGAAGGACAUCCUGAUGCUGGCGCACUCGCAGGCCGGCGCCGGCUCGCUGCACAGCUAGGCCGGCCGCCGCCCCCACCCCGCCCUGCACUGCCCGCCGCGUCGUCUGCGCAGCUCCCGCCCUCGACAGCUUCGAUCCGCACAGUAACAAUCGUACCUUCUUCCGAAACAAUCGAGUGCUCUUCAUUACUUAUGCAGUGGCUCCAUUCUUUAGUUUUUUGGAUCUCAUCUUCAUAUCUUCUGCUACGGUUGUUUGGAUGACCUAUCCUUCUCCUCUGGCUACCAUACCUAACUCACUGGAUGUCCUCUUCAUGUUCUCUAGCUACCAUACUUAACUCAUUGUUUGUAUAUCCUCUCCGUAAGCUCUGCACACCAUACCUAAAUCAUGUUUGGAUGCUUGUAUCCUCUGGCUCCCGUACCAAAGUCAUUGUCUACAUGCCUCUCCAUACAUUCCAGCAAGCCGCUCCAUACACUCCAGCAGUCAUAUGUAACUCAUAGUUUGGAUAUCCUCUCCAUAUCCUCUGGCUACCCAUACCUCGUUGUUUGUAUGUCCCCUCCAUAUCCUCUGCCUACCAUACAUAACUCAUUGUUUGUACGUCCAGUCCAUAUCCUCUAACAUACUUCACUUAUUA